GGGUGCGCCCGCGAGUGCCCCGGCGUGUUCGCUUAGUUCAGUGAAUCAGAACAAUGACUGCGCCGCCGGGUUCCCGGGAGCGCGUCGCAGGGCUGUGAGCAGCCGCGGCCGGCAGAGCGGCGGGCGGCUCCGCCUCGGCCGUGUAGUGUCAGUGCCCGCUCAAGAGCCCUGGGAGCAGCCCCUGCCCAGCGCCGCAUCCCGCGCGAUCCGCUGUGCUCCAGCGCCGCAGCUGCUCUUCGGGAGCCGUGCAUUGUUGUGAGCCACUGGAGGGGCGCGGGGAUUGCACUGCCCGGAGCCCCUCAGCGUCUUUUAUAGCCAUGUGGAUACCUACGGAGCACGAGAAAUACGGCGUGGUUAUUGCCAGUUUUCGAGGCACCGUCCCACAUGGCCUGUCAUUGGAAAUCGGAGAUGCCGUUCAGAUCCUGGAGAAGUGCGAUGGCUGGUACAGAGGAUUUGCCUUAAAAAACCCCAAUAUCAAGGGUAUAUUUCCUUCCAGCUAUGUUCACUUGAAAAAUGCCUGUGUAAAGAACAAAGGACAAUUUGAAAUGGUUAUUCCCACUGAAGAUUCUGUUAUCACAGAGAUGACAUCAACUUUAAGAGACUGGGGAACCAUGUGGAAACAGCUCUAUGUCAGAAAUGAAGGGGAUCUCUUCCAUCGCCUGUGGCACAUCAUGAACGAAAUCCUUGACCUGCGGCGGCAGGUGCUGGUCGGCCAUCUCACCCAUGACAGGAUGAAGGAUGUGAAGCGCCACAUUACUGCCCGACUGGACUGGGGGAAUGAACAACUGGGACUAGACCUGGUGCCUAGGAAGGAGUACGCAAUGGUGGACCCAGAGGACAUCAGCGUCACUGAGCUGUACCGACUGAUGGAACAUCGACAUCGGAAGAAGGACACGCCCGUGCAGGCCAGCAGUCACCACCUCUUUGUCCAGAUGAAGAGCCUCAUGUGUUCCAACCUGGGAGAGGAGCUGGAGGUCAUCUUCUCGCUCUUUGACAGUAAAGAGAAUCGCCCAAUCAGUGAGAGAUUUUUCUUGAGACUGAAUAGAAAUGGGCUUCCCAAAGCCCCGGAUAAGCCAGAAAGACACUGUUCUCUCUUUGUGGACUUGGGCAGCAGUGAACUCAGGAAGGACAUCUACAUUACUGUGCACAUUAUCCGAAUUGGUCGAAUGGGAGCCGGAGAGAAAAAGAAUGCCUGCAGUGUCCAAUACCGGCGGCCGUUUGGCUGUGCAGUUCUGAGCAUCGCAGACCUUCUCACAGGAGAGACGAAGGAUGACCUUGUCCUGAAAGUGUACAUGUGUAAUACAGAGAGCGAGUGGUACCAGAUCCACGAGAACAUCAUCAAAAAGCUGAAUGCGCGCUACAACUUGACCGGCUCCAACGCAGGAUUAGCAGUUUCCCUCCAGCUGUUACACGGAGACAUUGAACAGAUCCGAAGAGAAUACUCCUCGGUGUUCUCUCAUGGCGUAUCCAUAACUCGGAAGCUGGGUUUUUCUGACAUUAUCAUGCCUGGUGAAAUGAGGAAUGAUUUAUAUAUCACCGUAGAAAGGGGGGAGUUUGAGAAAGGAGGCAAGAGUGUGGCCAGAAAUGUGGAAGUGACGAUGUUCAUUGUAGACAGUCAUGGUCAGCCCUUAAAGGACUUUAUCUCCUUUGGCUCUGGGGAGCCACUGGCUAAUGAGUACCACUCGUUUGUGCUUUAUCAUAACAACAGUCCCAGGUGGUCGGAGCUGCUGAAACUUCCUAUUCCUGUGGAUAAAUUCAGGGGCUCCCACAUCCGCUUUGAGUUCCGGCAUUGUUCCACAAAGGAGAAAGGAGAGAAGAAGUUGUUCGGCUUCUCGUUCGUACCCCUGAUGCAAGAAGACGGGAGGACUCUCCCCGAUGGCACCCAUGAGCUCAUCGUGCAUAAGUGUGAAGAAAACACAAACCUUCAGGAUACUACCCGCUACCUCAAGCUCCCGUUUUCCAAGGUCAUCUUCCUUGGGAACAAUAAUCAAACCAUGAAGGCCACAAAGGAAUCCUUUUGGAUAACAUCAUUUCUCUGUUCCACAAAACUCACUCAAAAUGGUGAUAUGCUUGAUCUUUUGAAAUGGAGAACCCACCCAGACAAGAUCACAGGCUGUCUCUCUAAGUUAAAAGAAAUCGAUGGCUCAGAGAUAGUAAAGUUUCUCCAAGACACACUGGAUACCUUGUUUGGAAUAUUAGAUGAAAAUUCCCAAAAAUAUGGGUCUAAAGUUUUUGAUUCUUUGGUCCACAUAAUAAAUUUGCUACAAGAUAGCAAGUUCCAUCAUUUUAAGCCUGUCAUGGACACGUACAUUGAGAGUCACUUUGCUGGGGCACUUGCAUACAGAGAUCUCAUCAAAGUGCUCAAGUGGUACGUGGACAGGAUAACGGAAGCAGAGCGCCAGGAGCAUAUCCAGGAAGUGUUGAAGGCACAAGAAUACAUUUUUAAGUAUAUAGUUCAAUCCCGAAGACUGUUUUCCCUUGCCACCGGAGGGCAGAAUGAAGAGGAAUUCCGCUGCUGCAUCCAGGAGCUCCUUAUGUCAGUCCGCUUCUUCCUCUCUCAAGAGAGCAAAGGGACGGGGGCAUUAUCUCAGUCACAGGCUGUGUUCCUGAGCUCCUUCCCAGCUGUGUACUCAGAACUAUUGAAGCUCUUUGAUGUCCGGGAAGUGGCCAACUUGGUACAGGAUACCCUGGGCAGCCUACCUACCAUCAUGCAUGUGGACGAUUCUCUGCAGGCAAUUAAGCUUCAGUGCAUUGGCAAAACUGUAGAGAGCCAGCUCUAUACCAACCCAGACUCGAGGUACAUUCUCCUGCCUGUCGUACUCCAUCACCUCCACAUCCACUUGCAAGAACAGAAGGACUUGAUCAUGUGUGCACGUAUCCUUAGCAACGUCUUCUGUCUCAUCAAGAAAAAUAGCUCAGAAAAGUCUGUGCUGGAGGAAAUCGACGUGAUCGUGGCCAGCUUGCUGGAUAUCCUGCUCAGGACCAUAUUGGAGAUCACCAGUCGGCCUCAAGCGUCCAGCUCUGCCAUGAGGCUGCAGUUCCAGGACGUCACUGGGGAAUUUGUUGCCUGUCUCCUUUCCCUGUUACGACAAAUGACAGAUAGACACUAUCAGCAGCUUCUGAAUAGUUUCAAUACUAAAGAGGAGCUAAGGGAUUUCUUGCUGCAGAUUUUUACUGUGUUCCGAAUAUUGAUUCGCCCAGAGAUGUUUCCCAAGGACUGGACUGUCAUGCGCCUGGUUGCCAACAAUGUUAUCAUUACAACAGUUCUGUACCUCUCUGAUGCACUCCGUAAGAACUUCUUAAAUGAAAACUUUGAUUAUAAGAUCUGGGAUUCCUACUUUUACCUCGCUGUCAUUUUUAUAAACCAGUUGUGUCUGCAGCUGGAGAUGUUCACACCUUCCAAAAAGAAAAAGGUGCUGGAAAAGUAUGGUGAUAUGCGUGUCACCAUGGGUUGUGAAAUUUUUAGCAUGUGGCAAAACCUAGGAGAACACAAACUUCAUUUCAUCCCUGCCCUGAUUGGACCCUUUCUGGAAGUGACCUUGAUACCCCAACCAGAUCUCCGGAAUGUCAUGAUUCCUAUUUUUCAUGAUAUGAUGGACUGGGAGCAAAGGAGGAGUGGCAACUUUAAACAGGUGGAGGCCAAGCUAAUUGACAAAUUGGAUAGCCUGAUGUCAGAGGGUAAAGGUGAUGAGACGUACCGGGAGCUCUUCAACAGUAUUCUACUAAAGAAAAUUGAGCGGGAAACAUGGAGAGAGAGUGGCGUUUCACUAAUUGCCACUGUCACUCGGCUGAUGGAGAGGUUGUUAGACUACAGGGACUGCAUGAAAAUAGGAGAAGUGGAUGGCAAGAAGAUUGGCUGCACAGUUAGCCUUCUGAACUUCUAUAAGACUGAGCUGAACAAGGAGGAGAUGUACAUCCGCUACAUCCACAAACUCUACGACCUACACCUGAAGGCUCAGAACUUCACAGAAGCUGCCUACACCCUCUUGUUGUAUGAUGAGCUGCUGGAGUGGUCCGAUCGGCCCCUCAGGGAGUUCCUGACCUACCCCAUGCAGACCGAGUGGCAGCGCAAGGAGCACCUGCACCUCACCAUCAUCCAGAACUUCGACCGAGGCAAAUGUUGGGAGAAUGGUAUUAUCUUGUGCCGGAAGAUUGCAGAGCAGUAUGAGAGUUACUAUGACUACAGGAACCUGAGCAAGAUGAGGAUGAUGGAAGCCUCUUUGUAUGACAAAAUCAUGGACCAGCAGCGUCUGGAACCUGAAUUCUUCAGAGUUGGAUUUUAUGGGAAAAAGUUUCCAUUUUUCUUAAGAAAUAAGGAGUUUGUGUGUCGAGGGCAUGACUACGAAAGGCUGGAGGCCUUCCAACAGCGGAUGCUGAAUGAGUUCCCCCAUGCCAUUGCCAUGCAGCAUGCCAACCAGCCUGACGAGACCAUCUUCCAGGCCGAGGCGCAGUAUUUACAGAUAUAUGCUGUGACUCCCAUUCCAGAGAGCCAGGAGGUCCUGCAGAGAGAGGGGGUGCCGGACAACAUCAAAAGCUUCUAUAAAGUGAAUCACAUCUGGAAGUUCCGCUAUGACAGACCAUUCCACAAAGGCACAAAAGACAAGGAGAAUGAAUUCAAGAGUCUCUGGGUGGAAAGAACAUCGCUCUACUUGGUCCAGAGCUUACCUGGCAUCUCCCGCUGGUUUGAAGUGGAAAAGCGUGAAGUGGUAGAAAUGAGUCCUCUGGAAAACGCCAUCGAGGUGUUAGAAAAUAAGAACCAGCAGCUGAAGACCCUGAUCAGCCAGUGUCAGACGAGGCAGAUGCAGAAUAUCAACCCCUUGACCAUGUGCCUCAAUGGAGUCAUAGAUGCCGCAGUGAAUGGUGGGGUUUCCAGGUAUCAAGAGGCAUUCUUUGUCAAAGACUAUAUUUUAAGUCAUCCUGAAGAUGGGGAGAAGAUUGCACGGUUAAGAGAGCUGAUGCUUGAGCAGGCCCAGAUUCUGGAAUUUGGACUAGCCGUGCAUGAGAAGUUUGUACCUCAAGAUAUGAGACCCCUUCACAAAAAACUGGUGGACCAGUUCUUUGUGAUGAAAUCGAGCUUCGGGAUACAGGAGUUCCCUGCUUGUAUCCAGGCCAGCCCUGUCCAUUUUCCCAAUGGAAGCCCUCGUGUGUGUAGAAACUCAGCCCCUGCUUCCAUGAGUCCAGAUGGUACCAGGGUAAUCCCUAGACGCAGCCCAUUAAGUUACCCAGCUGUCAACCGGUAUUCCUCGUCCUCGCUGUCCUCACAGGCCUCUGCUGAAGUAAGCAAUAUUACAGGGCAAUCAGAAAGCUCUGAUGAAGUCUUUAACAUGCAGCCCAGCCCGUCUACCUCAAGCCUGAGUUCCACUCACUCUGCUUCACCUAAUGUGACCAGUUCUGCUCCGUCGAGUGCCAGAGCUUCACCUUUGUUGUCUGACAAACACAAACAUUCCAGAGAAAACUCUUGCCUGUCCCCAAGAGACAGACCGUGCAGUGCCAUUUACCCAACACCUGUGGAGCCUUCGCAGAGGAUGCUAUUUAAUCAUAUUGGAGAUGGAGCCUUGCCUCGCAGUGACCCCAACCUUUCUGCACCUGAGAAAGCUGUGAAUCCCACCCCUAGCAGCUGGAGCCUGGACAGUGGGAAAGAAGCCAAGAACAUGUCGGACAGUGGGAAGCUUAUCUCUCCCCCUGUCCCUCCAAGGCCCACACAGACUGCUUCGCCGGCAAGACACACGACAUCAGUGUCCCCCUCGCCUGCUGGACGGUCACCGUUGAAGAGCUCCGUACAGUCCUUCACGCCAUCUCCAGUGGAGUACAACUCCCCAGGACUGAGCUCAAACUCUCCAGUCUUGUCCGGCAGCUACAGCAGUGGGAUCUCCUCGCUUAGCCGGUGUAGCACGUCGGAAACCUCGGGCUUUGAAAACCAAGCCAACGAACAGUCUGUGCCCGUGCCGGUGCCCGUCCCAGUCCCAGUCCCGGUGCCCGGCUUCAGCGGGUCGGAGGAACCUGUACGCAAAGAGAGCAAAACCCCACCCCCCUACAGUGUCUACGAGCGGACUCUGCGGCGCCCCGUCCCGCUACCUCACAGCCUCUCCAUCCCUGUCACCUCUGAGCCACCUGCUCUGCCCCCCAAGCCCUUGGCUGCGCGGUCCAGCCACCUGGAGAAUGGGACCCGUAGGACUGAGCCUGGCCCUAGGCCCAGGCCCCUGCCCCGUAAGGUGUCUCAGCUAUAAGUCACUUUUCUAUGUACCUGCGAUGAAUUCUUUGCCGUUUACAAGAUAAGUCUGAUGAGAAGACAUUUAGUGUAGGCACUUUAAAUAUCUUACUCAGACCUUUCUUUAAAUGAAUGGAGUUAAAUUUGCUUAUUAAUAUAAUGUUGCACAAUAUUAAAAGUUACUGAUCUAAAACGCCAGCUGUUACAUGAAGUAUGGCGGAGUCUCAUUAAAACGUUUCUCAUUUGAAAGUGGUAAAUUGUGAAAAAGACUCCUUUUGUACCUUUUUAUGUUCACUUUUUUUAUGUAGUUUAAAUCUUAAAACCCAUACAAUAUUGUCAAGCAAUAGAAUGUGUGAUAAUGUUGUAUACCUUUUCUUUUUCUGAAUACUUGAUACUCUGAGAAACUGAUCGUGUCUGUGCACGGACUAACACAACGGCCCUUUCUUGAGACUUCGGUAAAGAAGGGGAAGACUUCAGCUCUUCCCUGAGCAGGCUGGUUGGUUGGUGCGUCUACAUAAGGGGUGCAAGGAUUGGGACCGGAAGUUGUUUUGGUCUUUAAACAAAAUACUUCUUUGUCGUCUAACAGCUGUCUGCUUCCGUAGCCUGCUUUGUGAAUCGGUUGCUACAUCUCUAAGUGCCCUGACACCAUGCUAUCUACUGUAUUACUUUUCAAGGUGCAAUUUGCUUUCGGAGUUCCAAUCAGCUAGAUUAAGCAAAAGACCCCAGGAGAAGUGUUUACUUGAAUUUUGUGCUUCCUUACUUGAUGAUUUCCUACACACAACGUGUCACUGAUAAAGAGCAGGUGUUCAAGGUUUAAAUAGGCACAAAUUACUGUGUCCCAUUAACAAGGAUUCAGAAAUCAAUACAGGACAGUAUUAAAUCAAUAGUGUGAAGGAAGACAAAACCUUAGUGAAAAUAUAUUAACAUGAUUGAAUGGGAAAAGGACUUUGAAAAGGUGAGGACAUUAACUUUGAAUCCUGCAUAAAAUAAAGAAUUCCUCAAACUCUCCCUUCUUCUCAGGAGAGCUGAGAGUCUCUGCUCGCUCGCUUGUCCUGUGGCCCUUUUCCUGGGGUUGGCAGAUUGUGGCCCAGUCUAGCAUGGGUACAGCAGCAUAGGUGGAGAUAGACUAGGCACGAGAUGCGGCAGUUGUAGAGGGUGAACAAGCACCUUGGAUGUAGUGAUGUAUUUUUUAAUCUUUGCCUUUUCCUUUUACUGACUGUUUAUAACACUCAAUUGACAAUAGAUAUGAACUGUAUUUUAAACCAUGCUGUUAAAUAUUUUCCCUCUUUUGUUGGGAAGCUCAUCUUAGUUGUGUUUGUUUUUGUUGCUAGCUUACCUGGAAGGCAGUGACCACUUUUUUAUAUUCUCUUAAUGAAACCAUUCAGCAGGUAUAUGCUGUUGAGGCUGGUUAUAGAGGUUUUCUAUAAUAAAUGUUCAAGUAUUUUUGUACAUAACUGGUUAAUUUUAAUAAGAGAUACCAUUAUGUGUAAAAAAAAAGUAAAAGGCAAACAGUUGUGGAUGCAGUAUGAUUGUUAUAAUUAUGCCAAAUACUUUAUGUAUGGAAAAUAUUUGUACAUAUGUGCUUUUAACAAUAAUUCUGCCAUAUUGACUUUACAAUUUUGAAUGUCAGAAAAUUAAUAUAUGUAAAAAUAUUUAUGUUUAGUGAAAGUAUUCAUAAUUGAGGAAAGGAACCUAUGAAUUUUAGCUUUGUAUCUUGCAGGUUUUGCAGUUAGAAAUUUCUUGAACUAGCGUUUGCAUUUGAUAAUAACACUUUGUGUUUGUAAUCACAUCCUAAAAAAAAAUAUAUAUAUAUAUACAUACAUAUAUACACUUAUACAUGUAUGUAGGAAGCUCCAUGUUUCUUUUGCUUUAAAGAAGUAAAAUCUUUCCCUUAAGUAAGAUGACAUGCAUAAGAUAACAAAGCCUCUUUGAUUUCCUUUUCCUGUGUAAUUUAGCAGCUUUCUUGACUAGUGCUUGAGCACACAAUAAAUCAGUGUUAUUUGCUCUUGAA